GCCUGCCCAUCCAUCAUGUUUCGGCCACUGGUCCUCAGUCUGACAUGGCCAUUAAGGCCUGAGACCAAGUGCUCAAUCUCUUCCGAGCCAUCGCCUCCAUCCUCACCCUGACCCCCAGCCAGCUCCUCUCAGAACCCAGUAGUGGGAGUGAUAGCUGAGGGGGUCAAGGGAGCAGGCCUUUGGGAACACACAAUAUGGAACGCUCCAGCAGCACAGAGGCACCCAAGAGGCCUCACAGCCCAACUGGGACAGGGACACCAGAGUCACAGAUAGGGGGCACAGGAGCAGUGACAUGGCACCUCAUGGACACCCCCCCAACCCUUCACAGCCCUCCGCCCCCUCCUCACACCUCACACUCCUCCCCUCUCUGCUUCUAGCAGGGAUAGAACAGGGCAAGUGGCCUAGUAGAUUGAGGGAAAAGAGUUCUCUGGAAUGAAAGAAGAGAGUUGGAAGGGAGGGUAGCAGGGGGAGAAGAUGCUCUUGGGAGAUGCUGCCUUGGGGAGAGAACUAGGGAAGUCAGCCAAUGUCUUCCCUCUUGGUUUCUCGCAUUUCCUACCCACACAGCACCUAUCCCCAUCUUCAAGUUGUGUCAGGAGACCAUGUGGUUGUUGGGUCUGCCUAGGCCAAAAGGGGAAUCAAGAAGGGAGGAGGGAACUCUGGGUUGGCUUCUAUGGCCUUGCUAGAUGCUGGAUGUAGCUUUGCCCCUUGAUGACCUCUGUGCGAUCUGCCCCUUGAAGUCUCUGAGCCCUGUGGUCUUACAGUCUUAUAUUUAUAAUCGAGAUGGUUGGGGAAAGGGCUGAUCACUAUUGGGGCUUCUCUGUCUGGUUUUUAACCAUUGCGCCACCAGUGGCUGCAAAGCAAAAGGUCAGUGGUUUGAAUCCCCCCGGCCACUCCAAGGGAUAAAGGACCUGGCAGUGGGCUUCCGUAAAGAUUACAGCCUAGGAAAUCCUAUGGGGCAGUUCUGCUCUGCCAUAUAGGGUCGCUAUGAGUCGGAAUUGGCUGGACAGCACACAACAACUGUCUGGUGCUUUGCACAUGCUGUUUUAUUUGUUCCUUACAACACUCUAUGAGGCUGGAAUUAAUGACUUUUGUUCUACAGACAAGGAAGCUGAGGUUUAGGGAUUUAAGAAACAUGUUGAAGGUCAAUGGUAGACAUCAGCCAUGUCCUGUUUGACUCAAGAGUCUGGGGCUCUGGGGUAGUCGGGGAAACCCCAGAAUUUGAAAACAGCUCUGCAUGCUAAAGGCCCCCCAUCUUCAUCACCAUGUGUGUGUGCAAGCCCCUGAGAUAUUGGAACUUCCGUCAGCUGUGAAGUUCAGUCCACCUCCUCCUCACUGUGCUUGAGCACCCCAAACAUACCUUCUCUGUUUCUAGGGAUGUUUCCUUGAGAGGCAGUGAGGCCUAGCAACAACCUCCCCCCAAAAAAUAAAGUGUGUGUCUGUGGAGGUGCGGAGGAUUCAGGCCUUGAAGCUUUGCCUUGGGUAAAUCAACUAAUUCUCUGGACCCUCAGUUUUUCCAUCUGUAAAAUCAGGGUGAUAAUAACUAUCAGUUGUUGUGAGGAAGGAUCAUCGUGCCUGUAAAGACAGUGAGUAGAUAUUUAUUGCCUACUCUGGGCCAGACACUGGGCUGAGGGCUUUAGAAUGGGAGGUCAGAGAAGCUAGAUCGUUGCACACCUCCCCGCCCAGCUGAGUGUCUGGCUCCCAUGAGGUGCUUGGUAAUGGUGGCCACUUAUGCUGUCGAGCAAAUAUUGAUUAGAGCCUUUCUGUAUCCUGGGGAAAGAGACCCUAUGAGGACACCCAGCCUUGAAGAAACUCCCUAACUAACUAAAAAAAAAAAAAAAUUUUUUUUUAACUAACUAGAUGGGAACAAAUACAAAGGCGAUAACAAGGGGGGGAGGAGGAACGAUACGGUAAGUCUCUAGGGAAUAGCUCAUCUGCCUUUAAGUCCUUGCAGGACCCCUUCCCCACCCAUCCUCAGCUCAAGCCACCCUCCCUACGCCCAGGCCUGGAGGGUGAAGGCUAGAACAGGUUCAGGAUUCUUGCCUGGGGUCUCUUAGAAGUCGAGGAAAUGCGGUGGAAGGUAGGGGAGGGAGCAGUGGAGCGGCCUUAGCUUCAGUAGGCAGCUGCCCCUUACCUGGUCCUAGGGGAAGGGUGACAUUGGGACACACCCCACGAGGGACCCCAGGGGUAGCCUCUGGGAAAUUAAGGAGGGGGAGAUGCCCCAGGAAUGGCGGGAUUCGGUGGUAGUGGUUCUGUUGUUGUGGGGGGGAGGUUUGAGGGGCAUCAGUUGCUGCCCUGGGUGGACCCGGCCCUGCCAGUCCGGCCUUGAGCCUCAGCCCCUCCUCUGUGUCUCCUCCCUCUCCAGGUCCCGCUAGAGCGACAUGAUGGUGGAAUCCGCCUCGGAGACAAUCAGGUCGGCUCCGUCCAGUCAGAACGGUGUGGGGAGCCUCUCUGGGCAGGCCGAUGGCAGUGGCGGUGGCAGCGGCGGUGGGGCCGGAGCCGCAAGCACGGCUGGAAGCACUGCGGGCAGGGAUGUGGCCACCGGCGCAGACAGCAACGGUGAGAUGAGCCCUGCGGAGCUGCUGCACUUCCAGCAGCAACAGGCUCUCCAGGUGGCCCGGCAGUUCCUGCUGCAGCAGGCCUCAGGCCUGAGCUCCCCAGGGAACAAUGACAGCAAACAGUCGGCCUCUGCUGUGCAGCAGGUGCCGGUGUCAGUGGCCAUGAUGUCACCGCAGAUGCUCACCCCCCAGCAGAUGCAGCAGAUCCUGUCACCCCCGCAGCUGCAGGCCUUGCUCCAGCAGCAACAAGCUCUCAUGCUCCAGCAGCUGCAGGAAUAUUACAAGAAGCAGCAAGAGCAACUCCACUUACAGCUCCUCACCCAACAGCAGGCUGGGAAACAGCAACCCAAAGAGGCACUGGGGAACAAGCAGCUGGCCUUCCAGCAGCAGCUCCUACAAAUGCAGCAGUUGCAACAGCAACACCUGCUCAACCUGCAGAGGCAGGGGCUUGUCAGCCUACAGCCCAGCCAGGCCUCGGGGCCCCUCCAGAGCCUCCCGCAAGCAGCCGUGUGCCCCACGGACCUGCCCCAGCUGUGGAAGGGUGAGGGUGCCCCUGGGCAGCCCGCCGAGGACAGCGUCAAGCAGGAGGGGCUGGACCUCACUGGCACAGCCACCACCGCUACCUCGUUCACCACCACCCCCAAGGUCUCCCCGCCCCUCUCCCACCACACCCUGCCCAAUGGACAGCCCACUGUGCUCACGCCUCGGAGAGACAGCUCCUCCCAUGAGGAGACCCCCAGCUCCCACCCCCUCUAUGGACACGGAGAGUGCAAGUGGCCAGGCUGUGAGACGCUGUGUGAAGACCUGGGCCAGUUUAUCAAACACCUCAACACGGAGCAUGCCCUGGACGACCGGAGCACGGCCCAGUGCCGGGUACAGAUGCAGGUGGUGCAGCAGCUGGAGAUCCAGCUCGCCAAGGAGAGUGAGCGGCUGCAGGCGAUGAUGGCCCAUCUGCACAUGCGGCCCUCAGAGCCCAAGCCCUUCAGCCAGCCGCUGAACCCGGUCCCUGGCUCCUCCUCGUUCUCCAAGGUGGCUGUCUCCGCAGCAGAUUCCUUCCCAGACGGUCUUGCGCACCCCCCCACCUCGGCUGCUGCCCCGGUCACCCCCUUGAGGCCCCCAGGCCUUGGCUCUGCCUCCCUGCACAGCGGGGGCCCCGCCCGACGGAGGAGCAGUGACAAGUUCUGCUCCCCCAUCUCCUCAGAGCUGGCCCAGAAUCAUGAGUUCUACAAGAAUGCUGAUGUCCGGCCCCCCUUCACCUAUGCCUCCCUCAUCCGCCAGGCCAUCCUGGAAACCCCUGACAGGCAGCUGACCCUGAAUGAGAUCUAUAACUGGUUCACCAGGAUGUUCGCCUAUUUCCGGAGAAACACUGCCACCUGGAAGAAUGCCGUGCGUCACAACCUCAGCCUGCACAAGUGCUUUGUCCGCGUGGAGAACGUCAAGGGUGCUGUGUGGACCGUGGACGAGCGGGAGUAUCAGAAGCGGAGACCACCAAAGAUGACUGGGAGCCCUACCCUGGUGAAGAACAUGAUCUCGGGCCUCAGUUAUGGAGCACUUAAUGCCAGCUAUCAGGCCGCCCUGGCCGAGAGCAGCUUUCCCCUCCUCAACAGCCCUGGCAUGCUGAACCCCGGCUCCACCAGCAGCCUCCUGCCCCUUAGCCACGAGGACAUGGGCGCCCCCGUGGAGCCACUGCCCAGCAAUGGCAGCAGCAGCCCCCCUCGCCUCUCCCCACCCCAGUACAGCCACCAGGUACAGGUGAAAGAGGAGCCGGCAGAGGCAGAGGAGGAUGGGCGGCCUGGGCCCCCCCUGGGCCCCCCCAACCCCAGCACUGCGGGACCUCCAGAAGACAGGGAUCUGGAGGAGGAGCUACCAGGAGAGGAACUGUCCUAAGGGCCUCUAGGGGCAGGCAGGGCAGGGGUGAGACCCUCCCUCCCAGAACCCAGGCUCUACCUACCCCCACUCCACAGCCCCUCCCAAACCUCAAGGCACUUCCAGGACUCAGAAGUGGGGGGCGCUCCUGGGCCAGCAACUCCCAAUGUGACCUGCCUGACAGAAGCUCCUGGGCAGGGAUGGCCCUGCCCCCAGGAGACACAGAACCCCUGGUCUGGGACGGGUGGAGGACAUGGAGGGCCCAGACCCCUCCUCAGACCCUCCCCCGCAUCUGGAUGCCCUGCCCCCCCAACCACCAGCAGCAGCAGGACCUUCCUUCCCUCACCAGCUCUCCCCUAAAUGGCCCCUCAGUGCCAUGGAGACCCGCAGGCGGGGCUAAGUCACCCCUCCCAGACCCAGGGCCCCCAACCCCGCACCUGGCUCUGGCAGUAUUUUCUGGCCAGAGGCCCCCCACUUCCCUAUCUGUGCUCCCUUCUGCCUUCUUUUCUGUACUGUGAAGAAAUAACUCCUUACCCCCAACUCCUACCCCGCCCUGCCUUGGGUGGGGGAACUGAAGUCCCCAGGAGAAACGGUGUGCCCUGUGUGAUCCAUGGGAGCAGAGCUACUUAGCUCCAACUCCUGCCCCUGGCCUGAGGUGGGGACCCAGGCUGAACCAGGCCUGUACCCCUGUUUGCUGGGUACUCUCUGGCCACACCCCACGCCAGGGAACUCCCCAAAAGGCCCGUGCCCGGUGGGUUUCUGGAGGUGGAGAGACCGAAGCAGUGGAGCUACCACUGAGGCCAGAGUCGGGGCCAGAGAUGGUGCCAGGGCAGCAUGAAACUCCCAGCCUCGACAGUAUCCACGUCACAGGGGGAACGGCAAGGCUGAAACGGGGCUUGAGGGGCAGGUGGGAUUAAGAUAGUGGCUGCUGUAACCAACAGGUCACCCACCCCUAGCCUGCAGGUCCCCCCAUUGCAGUCCUUCUCUCACCCUCCCUCAGCACCCCUUCCUGCCCUCUUCCCCCCAGUUAAACGGAUGACCAAAGACCUUUCUUAAGCCGGAAGCAAAAACCAAAACUUUUUGUUGGCUUUUUCCUUUGUCGCCUCCCGCACACCCUACUUUCCCAGCUCCCCACCCUGGCCCCAGGCUGGAAGCCCUCCCUCCACUUAAGUUAUUGUUUUAAACCAAAGUUUACAGUGUCUGUUGGUGGCCAAGACCCUCUUCCUCCACCCCUUCUGCCCCCCACCCUGAGGACUCUGGGACUCAGCAGAGGCCGGGGCCCUGCUCACCUCCCCUCUGCUCUUGUGCAGCCCAGAGAGGGGCUGUGGGCAGCCUCAGCACCCCGCAGGGUUCACGUCCCCUCGUGCAGUAGGCACCUGAGCCCUAGUCCCCAACCCUGGGCUGCUUCCUGGGGGCUCUCCAGACCCCUCUAUAGGACCAAGUCCCCCAUCACGCUGGAAGUGUGGAUUCCAGUAACAGCUGGAAACAAAGUGAGACCCUCCACAGACCCCCUGUGGGGGACCCCAACUUAAGGCCGAGGACUGGGUGUACUCAUGCCCGUAACACCCAAGGCCAGGACCCUUUGCUGAGAAGACACCUUGGAUAUUUCCAAGAUCCCCCACAUACACCCUUUCACAAGGCAUCCCUCCUGAGUGGCAGGGGGCCCGCCGCCCCCCUCCCCAUGUAUUCCCCACCUGUGUUCCGUUUGACCAGCACAGAAAUAUUAAACGUCCUCUAUUCACCGG